AUGGCACAAUAAUCCAGAACAAUUUUAGAUGUAUUUUAAAGCGUGUUUUAAGGUUAUAGAACAGAUGAAAACUUUGAGGAAGAGAUAUUCGCUAGAUUUAGGAAGGUUAAUGCACUUGCUUAGUUCAAUGAAUAUAUCCAUCAUGAUAAUCUUAGGAAAAUUUAUCUUGAAGCCAUCGUAAUUAAAUUUUUCCAAUUUAGCUCAAACUUUAGAAAACUUACCAAAUCGAUCCAUUUUAUCUUGAAUAGUAUACAUUUCCCAGUAGUUAUAUUGUACUAAGAUAGAACUACUUAACCACAGACUGUAUUUUAUAAUAACCUAAAAAUUCUUAAUUAAAAAUUUAGAAUUCAGGACUUAGUUCAAUUGGUUUAUAGAGCUUUACAAAAGCCUUUGCUUAUUCAUGAUGCUAUGUGCAAAUUAUCUAUAUUCGUUUGGGUUCGAGAUCCUAGUACAUUUGAUAUUUUAUUCUAUGAUGAACCAGUGAUUAAUCUUUUAUUCAGUCCUAUUUAUGAGUGCAAGAAAAGAAUCUAAAAGAUUGAACCUAAGAAGAAAUUUAAUGGCUUAAAUGAUUUUUCAAAUUAGGAUAAUGAUGAUAUCGAUAUACGGAUCUAUAAAAAAGACACCAAAUCCAUAGACCUUUCAGAUAUUGGAAUUCUAAUUUGUGAUGGAAUAAAAGAAUAGACUCUUAUCAUGCCUUGUCUAGCUAAGCUUAAUAACCAUCACGGGCAUUACAGUACUAAUCCAGUAGUAUCACCUCGAGAAAAUAUAGUUUUAAUUAGUCCUCAAAUCAACAAUAAUUUUGCUAAAUUCUCGUCUAAGAAUACAUUUAUGUUUGGAGAUAUAAUACUUCCAAUUAGUCCUAGAAAUGCAAUCUAGGAAGUAAUCAGUCAUGAGGCGAGUCCAAUUCCUUAGAAAAAAAAUUAACUCAAUAAAUCUAGAGUUGGUUCCAUUCAACCUAUAGAGUAAAUUGACGGUUAACCAAUAAAGAGCCCUCCACUUUUAUUGAAAUUAAAUAAACUUAAUCUAAUGCCAAUGGAUAAUGAGCUAAGUUCACCAUCGUAAGUUAAUAAAUCGAAUAUCAAAGAGACUUAUUCAAAAAAGAAUUCCAAAAAUGAAUAGGAUCUCAAGAAAAUCAAAUCGAAAUUUAAAAAUAAUAACUUGCUAUCAGUGCCCGGCAGAAGUAAUAAUGUUGGGUUGUAUUCUCCUACAAGAAUAAAACUUUUGCACAAUAAAUCAAUUGAUAUGAAGAGUGCAGUAAAUAGUGAUAAAUCAGCAAGUCAAAGUGCUAAAUCUGAUAAGGAUGAAGACGAAGUAAGUAUAUUUACUUCGAGUGCAAGCUUUUCUUCUGCUACUUCUUUCAAUUAAUCCAGUGAAGAUUUAUAGUAAAAUCUGAACACAAUCACUAAUUUAUCAGCUAACAAGCCUAAUUGGAGAGAAAAGCUGCAACAAAAAAUAGCUAAAAAGCCUUCUGAAAUAAAAGAGGAACAACUGAAAUCGAAGGAGGAGGAGUUCAAUGAUAAUUUAAAGAAGGAGGUGCUUUAAUAUUACUCGGACAGGAGAGGUGCUCUGCCUGCCUAUUACUAUUUUAAGUAAAGAAACAAGAAUGUGAUAAACUUUGUAAUGAAAAGUGUUUAGUAAAAGAAUUAUAACAUAAAGGGGGAUGUCAAUUAGUAUUUCAAGACCCUACCUGCUGUCACAUCUGCAGAAGAGUAACUAUAAAUAUUCUCUGAGAUUAAUCAUCUCUUUCGGAGAAACCAAUUUGCGAAAGAAGAACUAAUAACCAAAGACACAAUCUAGAGAUAAAAGGAAAGAUAAGCUGCUUAUAGCUAAGGGAGUGUAAGGAAUAAGGUUGAUACUGGCCUGGGUAGAACUAUUAAAUAGCAAGAUGAGGAUUAAAGAGGAUAUUAUAAGCUAAGUAAUAAUCAGUAAAACUACUGCUUUGAAAUGCAGCUUGCAAAUAAGCUAAGAAUGCAGAAGUUCAGUAUUGAUGAAUUUCUUUAGUAAAAUAAUUUCUUUAAUAAAUCAGAUGAAGAAAUUGGAAUGAUUUAUUAAGCUCUUAAAGACCCAGAUACUAACUAGAUGUAUUUGGACUCAUUAGGUUUAACUGAUGUGGACAUUCUAUAUAGAAAAUGGUUAAAGAGAUAAAGAAAGAUUAAAAGAUUUUAGGGCAAAGAGGGGUUGGAAAACUUUGUUUCCACAGUUAUUGAUGAGGAAAAUCAAAUGAUAAAGACUAGAAAUGACCUCGAAACUAUAAGAUAACUGAUAAAGGAUAAAAAGCUUUCUAGCAAGGAAGAUACUGAAGUAAUCGACUAUGCCCAUCUUGUUUUGGAGCUUGAACCAUAAAUAUAGUUGACUAAAAAUAGUGCUGAAAAAAGAAAGAGCAGUGUAAGUGCUGCAGCUGAAGGAGUAGCUUAAACUCAAAGAAAUUAGUUUAACACUGAAUAAAAAUCUAGCAAAAGAAAAAAGCUUCAUGAAUUGCUUAAAGAUCUAGGCACAGGUGCAAUGGAAAGACAAAGUUCUAUGUAAAAUACUGAACGGUAAUCCUCGACGAUGCACUUAAAUAAAAAGAGAGUGUAAGGUAGCUCAUUUUUACCAUCAGGCUAAACGACGCCAUAAAAUUUAGGAUAGUAAACUCAUUAAAUGAGCACCUUCUUGAAGCGAAUGACCUUGAUGAACAAUGUCAGAAAGCAUACAAUGACUGCUGGAAGUAUGACUUCUAGGAAUAAUAAUAAUCUUGGUGAAACAAAUUCAUUUGGAUUAGCUGUAUCUCAAAUUUCCUAGAACUAUGGUUUGAGAAGACAAGGAAUAGUAUUGCAGAGAAAGCUGCAAAUGACUUAGAAGCUGAUUAAUGAUGCUUCAAAGAACUUCUUAAUGCCGAUUAAUGUAAUCAACAAGAAGAAAAUAAAUAAGGGUUAAUUUGUUACGUUAUUCCCCUCCGAACAUGAAAAAGAAUACGAGAAAUUAAAAAAUCUCACUAUAAACUUCUACACAACUAAAUAAAAUUAGAUAGACUUAAUUCAAUGGACAGUCAAGUAGAAUACAUCUAUCUUAGAUUGA